AUGUAUAUGAAUCUCACAUAUAAUUUGCAUGCCCCAAUCGAUGUACUCGAAGAGAUUCUGAAAACUCUUUCUUCGGAUCUAGAAAUAAUAGAACCUAAAAGAGAACGCAAGGAAUACAAAAGACAAUAUAGAUCCUACAAUCGAGCUCCACCUGAAAUCCGCAAAAAAUAUAAACAACUCCGUCGACAAAUUGAUUCUUUACAGAAACAAUAUGAUCGAAUAAUCAAAAUAGAGUUCUGGCGAGAUUAUUUCGAUUGUAUUUAUAAUAAAGAACUAAAGAGACAAUUCAAAAAGGUCCCUAUAAACGAAUAUGUUGAACCUGUCGUUCAUCACCAGCUUCCAGAACGAACUCGACUCCAAGAAGUGCUUUGUGAUUUCUCGAGGGACAUAAGCCCAAGCGAUAUCGUCAACCGCCGGAUCCGUAUCAUUGACUUAAUAAUAGCAUUCUCCUAUCGACAAGAACAAGAAGUUCAACAUAGCAACCACUCAAGUAGGGAAUCUUCAGAGUUUUCUGAGGAACAACCUUUGUGCGAGAACCCCUUUCCUCUUCUUUAUAGCCAUUUGAAAGAAGUUCCGAAAUUCCAGAGAAUAUCCUAUGCUCAUCCUGUUUGUCAAUCGGAAGUGCUUAUUCUUAAACACUUACAGCACUUCAAGAAUCAUGUACAAAUUGUGCAUGGCUCCGAAUCAAUAGCCUCCACUCCCCCAUCUAAAAAGCUAUUCACGACCAUUGGUGAAGGUAUUGCCACAUAG